GCUCAGCCCCUUGGCGCGCACGCAUUCGGCUUGUUGCUGCUUAAGGCAGCUGCUCAUUCGCUUGCCGCGAACCUCCCGUCCCCUUUCCCUGCCCUGCUGGAGGCUGAGGUCACUGCCUGCAACCAGGAGCCUCUUCCACCGGAUCCCGCUGUCAGCGCCUAGCCCGGGGCGGGGGCCAUUGACGUAGCCGGUGCCAGGGCUCUGUCAACAGGUGCCCCCCCCCGCGCGCCCGCCCCCCGCGCGCUCUAUAAAGAAGGUCCCGGCGGCUCCGCGGCGCGUCAGCACCAUGGAGAGCGCCCGGCUUCUCGCGCUCCUGAGCGCCACCUUAGUGCUGCUUCUCGGGGCCCGCGGCCAGGAGGAGCCGGAGCUGCAGCCUCGCGCCCUGGACCUUUACCCGCCCAUGGAGGACACGUCCCACGAGAAGGAGCUGAUCGAGGCGCUGCAGGAGGUCCUGGAGAAGCUGAAAAGUAAAAGGAUCCCAGUUUACGAGAAGAAGUUCGGCCAAGUCCCCAUGUGUGAUGCUGGCGAGCAGUGUGCAGUGAGGAAAGGAGCUAGAAUUGGGAAGCUCUGCGACUGUCCAAGAGGAACUUCUUGUAACUCUUUUCUUUUGAAAUGCUUAUAAAGAAUUCCCCAUGGAACAACAAAAGGACCCAGUGACCUUGCCUGAAAGUAAUACCUGUGCUCACCCGAAGACAGUGGAGAAAACGUCUUGUGGUUUGUUAUUCAGAGAAAGUCAGUUAGAAAUUCUAACGGUGCCAGUGCAGUGCCAUGUCUGACGUUCAGCAUUUGUACUCUCUUUCUCUGUUUAAUUUUGUCGGUCAAAAUGUGUGUAUCGCUUCUUACAUUUGGAAAUUGUAUUUUUGUAUGUGGAAUGUCCUAAUGAAAAUUAGAGCUAGACAGCACUUGUAAAUUACAGGCUUUUCCAGAAAUGAACUGAGGGGGAAACAAAGACAAAAUAAUACAGCAUGUACAAAUUAUUCAUAAUGAUGUUUUUAGUUUAUUGCCUUUUUGCAUUACAGCCUAUAAGUCUGCGUCAUGCUAGGGAAAUUAUAUGGUUGGCUACAUCACCAUUAUAGCUUACCAGAACAGUACUGAAACACCAUUCUGUUGACCAGCCCAUUUGGCAGCUGCUGCUGCUGCGGGUAUUACUGAGCCAUCAAAGCCCAGCUUUGGUGUCUCAGUUGAAAGAAUGGAAGCACUUUGGAUGCAGCAUGCUCAUUCUCUAGAGGGUGGGAAGUGCAUCAUUGCAAAAUACCAACUCUACAGGAAAAAUAAGCAGUGGAUUUCAGAGGUUUCUCCAGUCCUUCUUAGUCAGAAGGGUGACUGCAUUUUGUCUUGGAACACAAAGGUGUAUAUUAGUGUGAGGGGCAAAACUUGGAAAAUUUGGGGAUCCUUCAGUUGUCGUUAGUGAUGCAGAGGCACUUCUAUGUGAAAAACACUCUGGCCCAGUAUCUUCAUUCAGUUAAGUACAUACAACUCCAUAAGGGCCAAGGGGAGAGUGUUCAUGCCUCUGAGGGUAGAAUUCAACCCACCCUGUAGAUAUAAGGAUGAUAAUCUUACAAUAUUAAUCAAACACUUGAGGAAAUCUUGCAUGAAAUUGACAGGACUCACUGGUAUAGUAACAUCUUCCUGUCUGAUUAAUCAGUUGCUUUCCCAGGGCUACUGUAGAGAGAAACUGUCUAGAUUCAUUACCAAAUGAUGAAGAAUGUUUCAAUUAUUUAAAGGCACACAAGACAAAUUAUUCACAUAUUUCUAUAACAAACUUAUGUAAAGCUUCUAUUAUAUGUUUCAUAGGUGUCCUAUAUGUUUCAAAAAAGUCAUAAUGUGUUUUCAACCUUUAUUUAUUCUCCGUUAAUAAAAUCAUGGU